GAGGUGGAGCGCAACCUGCAGGACGCCAUGCAGGUGUGUCGCAACGUCCUCAUCGACCCGCAGCUGGUGCCGGGCGGGGGAGCGACCGAGAUGGCCGUGGCCCACGCGCUGACGGAGAAAUCCAAGGGCAUGACGGGCGUGGAGCAGUGGCCCUACCGCGCCGUCGCCCAGGCUCUGGAGGUCAUUCCCCGCACCCUCAUCCAAAACUGCGGCGCCAGCACCAUCCGCGUCCUCACCUCGCUCAGGGCAAAACACACCCAGGAAGGCAGCCAGACGUGGGGGGUGAACGGUGAGACCGGAGCCUUGGUCGACAUGAAGGACCUGGGGAUCUGGGAGCCUUUGGCCGUCAAACUGCAGACCUACAAAACCGCGGUGGAGGUNNNCGUUCUCCUCCUCCGCAUCGAUGACAUCGUUUCGGGCCAUAAAAAGAAGGGCGACGAUCAAAGCAAGCAGCCUGCCGCACCGGAGGCGGCCCAGGAAUAA